CUUCCCUACUAGGCGGAUGGCAUGGGUGAGCCGGCAAGGGGUUGCGUGACUCGCACGGGGUGGUUUUCAGCUCCCGAGGUGACCCCCACUUUGGAGCCUCUGAGCGACGGUGCCUCGCUGCCGGACAACUGGAUGUUCUGGGCGAUGCUGCCGGCGCCGCCACCACCGCCUUCGUCGCUUCCCGCAGGAGGGUCCGAACCUUCCUCAGAGGCGCAGCCCCCCGCGGAGGCCCAGAGCCUCCCCGAGGCGCCUCCCCCCUUUGACGCCCAGAUUCUUCCCGGGGCACAGCCCCCUUUCGACGCCCAGUCCCCCCUUGAUUCUCAGCGUCAACUCAAUGGCCAGCCUUCCUGGAAUUUCCAGGCUUCAACAUCAUGGUACUGGACACAGUCUCCUGGUGUUCCUCCUUGGCAUCGGCAGCCCCAGAACACUCCGGUUAAACAUUCUUAUCUUCCACGAAAACAUGAUGCAAAGGUCAAUGACUUCAACAUGUCUCCCAGGAGAAAACAGAAAAAAAGGAAAAGAAAGGAACCAGUUUUUCACUAUUUUUGUGAUACCUGUGAUCGUGGUUUUAAAAAUCAAGAGAAGUAUGAUAAACACAUGUCCGAACAUAUGAAAUGCCCUGAGGUAGAUUGCUCUUUUAGUGCACAUGAGAAGAUUGUCCAAUUCCAUUGGAGAAAUACGCAUGCUCCUGGUAUGAAGAAAAUCAAGUUAGACACUCCAGAGGAGAUUGCAAGAUGGAGGGAAGAAAGAAGAAAAAAUUACCCAACUCUGGCUAAUAUCGAAAGGAAGAAAAAGUUAAAAAUUGAAAAGGAAAAGAGAGGAGCAGUGUUGACAACGACACAGUAUGGCAAGAUGAAGGGGAUGGCCAGACAUUCACAGAUGGCAAAAAUCAGAAGUCCUGGCAAACGUCACAAAUGGAAAAAUGGUCGUGCUGGACAGAGAGCAGCCAUGGGGUCAGGCAAUCCCUUGUGUGGUUCGAAGCCUGAAAGUACACCCGAGGCAAAUUCAGACCCUCUGGGUGUUUUGGUAAACACCGAUUCCGAGUCCGAUAAAGAGGAGAAACCACAAAAUGCUGUCAUACCUAAGGAAGUGACACCAGCCCUGUGCUCCCUAAUGAGCAGCUAUGGCAGCCUCUCGGGGUCGGAGAGUGAGCCAGAAGAAGUUCCCAUCAAGACUGAAGCAGGCAUUCUGGCAGAAGACCAGGUUCUUCAUAGCAGUACUCCUAAGAAACCAAGUCAAGAUGUUAAAGCAACUGUUAGAAAUUUCUCAGAAGCCAAGUAUGAGAGCCAAAAGAAAAGUUUUAAAAACACAAAUCCUAAGAGGAAAAAAAAUUAUCGCAAUUAUCAAACAUUAUUUGAACCAAGAACACACCAUCCAUAUCUCCUGGAAAUGCUGUUGCCAUAGACUGUGCCCUGCAGUGCAGUGCAUCCUGUGAAACACCAGUUGUGGCUCAUGCUUGGAACACUUUCUGGGUCUUAUAAAGAGAGCAAGUGUCUUCUAUCGAUCUUCCGUACCCAGCCGACUUAAACAAGUCUUUGUACACACCCUGGAGAAACUAUGAUGUCUUCGCUUCAGGACCUUCCGCCCAUUGUGUGAAGGUUUCCACAUUCCAGUUUCUGGCAGCGUCAUCUCUGGUUAUUAGCAGCGAAUGCCAUCGUUUCCUGGGUCACGUAUUUGCAGUUUAGUGUCUAUAUGUUGUUCUGAUUAUUUUUAUGUUUUUAUUUAAUUUGUGAAGCUGAACUAUAGGCUUUAUUUGGAUUCUACUCGUUUUCCAAGAAUGUCCUUUUUGAUGGUUCAGUCCAGGAUACCACGUUGCAUUUAGUCGCUGAAUCUCUUAGUUAUCUUGUUUUUAGUUGUUGUUGUUUUUCAAUGUCAAAAGUAAUAUGCUCGUUGUAAAAAUUCAAAUAAUCCAGUAGUAUAUAAGAUAAAAAAGUGAGGUUUGUUUUGCCCUGUUCCCUUCUCAUAUUCCCCAGAGAACCACUGUUAACUGUUUGGUGUGUAUUUCCAGACAUUUAAAACACAUAUAAGUAUCUGAAUAUGCUUGUAUAAACUUUGUGUUUAAAUGGAAAAAUCAUAGAUAAUGCUUUGCAGAUUUUUUCACUUGACGGUAUGUCACAGACAUUUGUGCAUGUGUAUAUAAAUAUAUGCAUAUAUAUGCAUGUAUGUACACAUAUGCUUUCACUUUUUAAAUCAUUCCCCAAUGGGGAAAUUUGUUUCCAGUUUUUCUCUGAGGUUAAUGAUACUACCGUGAACACUACUGAAUUUACAGUGAUACACACUCUGUGUGGAUGGGUGUGUGUAUGCACCUCUGGAUACUUCUGUGGAAAAGAACGUUCGGAUCAAAAAUCAAAUGACCUUUAAAAGGCUUUAUCAAAUUACAUUCUUAUUAAAAAUGUUUUUAAAAGGAUUGAAACUUGAAAUAAGAGAAGUGGAUUACUUUAUGCCCUUUCAGUGUCAUACUAGAGCAGUGGUUCUCAAAGUGUGGUCCAGGGACCUCUGGGGGUGUCUAAGACACUUUCGUGGAGGCUGUGAAAUUGAAACUAUUUUCCUAAUCCUAAGACAUUAUUUGCCUUUUUCACUCUCAUUUCUUUUAUGAAAGUACAGUGGAGAUUUCCUAAAGGCUACACAGUGUGUGAUGCUGUCAUCACUAUGUGCUUGGCUAUUCUUGUGUUUCCUAGAAUUUUCUAAGGUGGUGGGUUGAGGAUAUGUAUAUGAGUUUUUACAGAUUAACUCAGGUGGUUCUCAGGACUUUUACUGUAUUUUUACUAGCUAUCUUUGGUUAUCCCUGCUAUAUAGUCUCUGUAACCGCUGUAAUUACUGUCAUCAAUAAGUUGUUAUUUUAAAUCCCAGAGAUUUGCAAAGCUUUAAAAUGAUGCCACUCAGCUCACUAAUAUAUUUUGUAUUGGAAAAAUGUUAUUUAUGUUAAUAUGUAAAUGGUUUAUUGUUUUUAAGUGAAUUAAUAUGUUUAAAUUUUGUUUUAAUUUCUAAUGCUAUGAAUAUCAGUAGAUACAACUCACAUAAA